AUGACGACACAAAACACAAGACACGAACAGGGGGACGCUGCGUUUCGCUUUGCCACAUGGUUUCAACAAGAUGGAGCGUCUUCACAUUACACCCUUGAUUUGCGUCUCCACCUGAACACACCGUAUCCAACAUCUGCUCUACAAGUCAUUGCGGGUCUUCCCCCUCUUGAUCUUGUAGUCGAGAGGGAAGCCGCAGUGGUAAAAGCUACAAGGCUUAAUAAAAAUACAUCACUGUGGGGACAGAGCAUAAUCCACACAGACUAUGAAAAAUACAAAUCUCGUUAUCUUUGUCACCCAGCACAAUUUGACCUAAUGGACACCAUCCAUAUAAACUCAGAUUCUCCAGAGCAAAAUGAUCAUGCAUUAUACACUGAUGGAUCUAAGACAGAGGCUGGCACAGGAUGUGGAUUCUGCGAAUUGGAUAAAGGCAGCAUUAUCUUCUCCUGGAAAGGAAAACUCAACGAAAGUAAUUCAGUGUUUCAGGCAGAAUUCAUAGCCUUACACGCAGCAAUCAUCCACAGUCGUAGGAAUGGUCUUAACCAAGUUCGUAUUUAUACGGACACCGCCUCAAGCCUCCAAGCAUUUUCAAGCAUGCACAGCAGAAGCCCUGUAUUUAACAAAAUACAAAGAACUCUCCUUAGUAUCCCUAUACCUUUUCGUCCUGUACUCUGUUGGGUGCCAGCGCACGUAGGAAUACUAGGAAAUGAAAGUGCAGACGUUGUGGCUAAAGAAGCUGCCAAUAGUGUAUCCUUACUUGAGUGCCCAACAAUACUUCCAACUUCGCUGCUCAAGCAUUCCCCACGCAAACUUCUUAUAAGACAGUGGCAAACCCGCUGGACCGAUGCUACAACGGGUCGACAUACACAUGCAAUGCUCCCAAGUGUAAGCAUGGAUCUGCAGAGCAAAACUGGCAGCAUGUCACAUUUCCUUAACAGGACAUGGACCGUACAAAGCCUAUCUGCAUAG